GAGUACUAUGAUCUGGUCCAAUUUCGAGUGCGGUGGGAAUUUGGAAGAGCAUUGAGAAAACAAGGCUUGACAGGCUAGUGAAUGUUCAUAUGCAGCUGUAUUUCAAGUGAAUUUUCUUUUAUAGACCAUGACACAUGAGACGCCUGGUAGCUCAGGCCAGCGGUGCUUUGGAGAUAAAAUGGAAGUUGUGACUAGGGACGGAAUUCCUGCAGAUAGAAAUGUACAUAAUAUUUCUGUACAGACUGGUGAGGAAUUUUCUCCCCAGUUUGCUCGAAGAAGAGUGCUAGAUCAUAACCAGCCAGGGCAAAUGGGAUUCAAUUACAAUCAGAACAAUCCGAUGGGUUCUGAAAAUCAUGCCGCCACUCAUGGGGUAAGGAGAAAGGAUUCUGAUUGUGAUGCUUCAGAUCAUGUUUCCAGGAUAGAAGCCACAGGACAUGCCGCUGAACUAGAAAAUAGGGCUUAUACUGAUAAUGCAGGCAGAUACCACUGGGAGUGUGUUCCCAAUGCACUAAAAGCAAGUAACUAUGUUGAUGAAACAAAUAAUUCUGGUCGAGCAACCUUAGGUCCGACCAGUUCACCUAACUGUGUUCCGGAAACCCCUUGGCCAUAUCAGCCUUUUGGAACUAGAGUUUCAGAAUGUGCUUUCUCUGGAAAAAUGAAAUUUCUAUGCAGCUUUGGGGGGAGGAUAUUGCCGAGGCCAAAUGAUGGGAAGCUUAGAUAUGUUGGUGGAGAAACAAGGAUCAUAUCCAUCAGAAAAAAUGUUACAUGGGAGGAGCUUGCAAAGAAAACUUUGGCAAUUUGUGACCAACCUCAUACGAUCAAGUACCAGCUCCCUGGUGAGGAUCUUGAUGCACUUAUUUCUGUUUCUUCUGAUGAAGAUCUUCAUCACAUGAUAGAGGAAUAUCAAGGGCUUGAAAAAAAUGGAGGCUCACAAAGACUGCGUAUAUUUCUUGUUUCUUCCGGUGAACCUGACAGCCCAAAUUCUUUUGAAGGUAAGACCUCACAACAGUGUAAUGCUGAUUGUCAGUAUGUUGUUGCUGUUAAUGGCAUGCUGGACCACAGUCCCCAGAAGAGCUCUAGUGGACAGAGUUCUGCAAGCCAACUAGGAACUGCUUCAGAUUAUAAGAAUCAAUCUCCUCCUGUGAGUCCAGUUAACAUUCAGUACAGAGAUCAUAAGAAUUCUAAAAGCUUAUUUUAUGUUGAUCAACCUUUCCCUGACAAUAAUAAAAAUACCGGUACUUUUGCUGCGGACAAAUUUCCAUUUGACACUGCAUAUUAUAAUAAUCUUCCUCAUGGGCCGAUUCCAUCGGUGAAUCAAGCUUGUUAUCAACAAUAUCCAGGGGAAACUGAUCAGACUAGCAAACAACUUGAAAUGCAUCUUCAUAAUCGUAGCCAGAGCGGAGAUUUCCUUUCUUAUCAACAACGUCCUCAAAAUUCUAUGAAUUCGGACUGGCCUGCGAUUAUGGAAAGGGCAUUUUCUGACUCACAGUUGCAGGAAAAUGGCGAGGUGUCAGAAAAAUGGUUGGAAGAAGCAGUUAUUCUGCUGUCCCUCAGGAAUGAUGGAAGGGGAAAAUCACUUUCACUGAAAAUGUCAAAUUCAUCCUUAGAAAGGCCAGUGCUGGCGCCACAUAUAAUGGAUGAGAAACACCAAUUGAUUGAGUUCGAGAAUCAUUGCAGUGAAGAGCUGAGUUAUAUUGACUUAGAGCAAGAGGUGCUGAAGUGGAUGAACAGGAAUGCUAACUAUUCUGAUGUAGACAGACAACAGUAUGAAGGAAAUGUUGAAGUUGCACUGAAUGAUAAUGCCAUGGAGCAUAGGAACUUACCGAAUUUAAACUUCCCACCAAGUGCUUAUCAUCAUCCUCUAGAUUCUCAAGCAUAUGGAAGGAUGGUUUCAGCUACUCGAGUUAACACUUCCGAAAAUUAUGCAGAUGCUAUGAGGGAGCACCCUAAGAGUCACCAAUCAGACACUAAUGCACCUGAUUUUUUUGUUAAGAGCCAAAAGGUCGCCAAGGAACAGCACUGUACUAUGACUGAGAGCAUAAAUGGUCAACGAAUUCUCCAUUGGGAUCCUGAAUAUCUACCUUCUGCAUCUCUUGGAUCAAGGGACAAGGGACCAAAAGUCCCCAGCUCUAAAUCCGACAGGAGUGCUUCAAGUAGAUUGGAUUCCUUGUGUCAUGAAGACCCUGUGAAUUAUAAUGAAAAGGUCGAAAAGAUUCAUGACAAGGGACUAUCAUAUAAGGAAUCAAUCGAUGGAGAUGCUCUAUAUGUCCAGUCACAGCCUUUAGAUAACAAUCAUGAUGAUAAGAUAGCAGAGCCAGGGGUAAUUGUUGAGGAUGUUACUGGAACUACGCCUCCAGAUAUUCCCUUUUCUUUGAAUGUUGUCCCACGGGUAGAAGAAGAGCUCGCAGAGGGAUUUCAAUCUGAUGGAGAUAUUGAGGUAGAAAGUACGGGUCAAGAAUAUGAAUCUGAGGAUAUUGAAGGUGAAGACAAAGACGUAAAUGAUUCCAUUAGUGAUGCUGCGAUGGCUGAAAUAGAAGCAGGCAUCUAUCGUUUGCAGAUCAUAAGGAAUGCAGAUAUUGAAGAAGAGCAGGAAUUAGGAUCUGGCACAUUUGGAACUGUUUAUUAUGGGAAAUGGAGAGGUACUGAUGUUGCUAUUAAAAGGAUCAAAAGGAGUUGUUUUUCAGGCAACUCAUCAGAGCAAGAGCGAUUGAGUAGAGACUUCUGGAGAGAGGCACGCAUCCUAUCAGAUCUUCAUCAUCCAAAUGUGUUAGCAUUUUAUGGCGUGGUCCCUGACGGCCCUGGGGGAACAAUGGCAACUGUGACUGAAUAUAUGGUAAAUGGAUCAUUGAGGCGUGUCUUACAAAAGAAGGAUAGAUCACUUGAUCGUCGAAAAAAGCUUAUAGUCGCUCUCGAUGCUGCUUUUGGCAUGGAAUACCUGCAUUUGAGAGAUAUCAUUCAUUUUGAUUUGAAGUGCGACAAUUUGCUUGUCAAUUUAAGGGAUCCCCAACGCCCCAUAUGCAAGGUUGGAGAUUUCGGAUUGUCAAAAAUUAAAAGGAACACGCUCGUAUCUGGUGGUGUGCGUGGAACCCUUCCAUGGAUGGCACCAGAGUUAUUGGAUGGCACCAGCAACCGAGUCUCUGAGAAGGUUGAUGUUUUCUCGUUUGGCAUCGCAAUGUGGGAGAUCCUGACUGGUGAAGAGCCAUAUGCCAACAUGCAAUUCGGCGCUAUAAUAGGUGGAAUUGUAAGCAGCACGCUGAGGCCUCCUGUACCAGAACACUGCGAUGCAGGAUGGAGAAAGUUGAUGGAAGAAUGCUGGGCCUCUGAUCCAGAAGCCAGACCGUCGUUUACAGAGAUAACAAAUAGGCUGCGAAGCAUGUCAGCAGCACUCCAGCCAAAGCGACCUAAUUAUGCAAAUAGAUGAGAGCCAUCCCUUGUAAAGUCGUGCAAAAACCUUCACAUAACAAAAACAUUUACUGGGAAAAUGUUGCAGCAGAGUUCCCAAGUGGCUUUGAUGCGAUCGAGCCACAUAUAGUUGUAGAUAAAAAUCCUUGUAGGCCGAAAAGAAAAUAUGAAUAUGUUCAAUAAUGCUUUCCUACUUUGAUGCCAA